UACCAAUGUUUACAGCGGGAAACGUACCGGUAACGUUGAAGACCCGUGCGAUUUUCUGGUGUUUCUCGCAAUCCGUUUGAAUCCGCUCGAUUUCGGUUAAACUUCCUUCGGAUAAAUUGAUCCAGCAUGUCGAUCGGCGUGCCCAUCAAAGUUCUGCACGAAGCCGAAGGGCACAUCGUCACCUGCGAGACGAACACCGGCGAAGUUUACCGGGGCAAACUGGUGGAGGCCGAGGACAACAUGAAUUGUCAGAUGUGCAACAUCACGGUCACCUACCGAGACGGACGAGUGGCCCAACUCGAGAACGUCUACAUCAGGGGAAGCAAGAUACGUUUCAUGAUACUACCGGACAUGCUCAAAAACGCUCCCAUGUUCAAAAAAGCCGGUGCCAAAAGUGCGACGGCGUCCGCCGGCAGAGGCAAGUCGGCGAUUCUACGAGCGCAAGCUGCCAGAGGACGAGGUCGAGCCAGAGCCUUGUUCCAGAGACGGAAAUGAAGCGGCUGCCCUCCCCGUUCUUCACAUCUUGUGCACACCACCACCUCCACGGCGUCGCCACGAAAGUCAGCAUUUGUCGGGUCUACACAUGCCAGGUGCAUGGAUCAUAUUUUGUGUUGUGUGCAGCUGCCACAGCGUUCAUCUCUCAUCGGAAAGUGCCGUAACCUCUGGAAGGAAUAAAAUGUUGUCGGUGAA